CCACGCCUAUGGGGGCCAUAACGGCACUGCUUUGGCCACCGCUAGUAUAAAAAGGCUUGGUUAGUGUGUGUUCAGACGCAGAUCGCAGGCGCACCUCGAAGGAGUACAGUUGCGUCCACUUUUGUCUGUGACUCGACAAGAUAUCUUCACCAUGAAGUCCGUGUGCAUUGCGCUCCUACUCCUGGCCAUUGCUGCCGUGGCGUACGCUGGAAUCUUCGGCGGUGGCGGUGGCUACGGACGAGGCGGCUUUGGAGGCGGCUACGGAGGCUUCGGGGGUGGUGGAUACCGUGGAGGAUACGGCGGAGGAGGAUACGGCGGUGGAUUCCGUGGAGGAUACGGCGGUGGAGGAUACGGCGGAGGAUUCCGUGGAGGAUACGGCGGCGGAGGAUACGGCGGCGGAAAGGGAUGGCACGGAUAAACGCCCCGCUUGCAUGGGGCAGGCGCGCGCAGACACCACCGCGUGUGCGGCUUGUACAUUUUCGUCACAUCUGUUGUUCUUGUUGAAAAAAAAAUCAGAAAACCAUGCAA